AUCUCUAUCCGCCGCCAUGUUGGGGGUCCGGAACAAAGCGCGUAGGCAGGUAGCGCGGUUGCGGGCUUUGAAUUAAAAUGCCGUCGUUUUGUGCUGUUUUUGGCUGUUCGAACAGGCGAAAUCGAGAAAAUGAUCGAUCAUACUACAGGCUACCAAAAGUUAUAACACACCAAGGUGACCAGACUAAGGAAUUAUCGCAAGCAAGACGUGAUAAAUGGUUAUCUAACAUCGGCAGAUCAGACAUCAAAGAAUCAAGCUAUGAACACAUACGUGUGUGCUCAGACCAUUUCGUAGGUAAACCUGCGGCACUGUAUGAUAAGCUGAAUCCUGACUGGGCCCCCACCGUGAAAAUGGGAAGGCCAUCUGACACAGAAAAUCAGCAAGCAACUCCCCACUCAAGAUAUAGUCGCUCAGUCCAGAGAUCCACAAAAAUGAAACAACACGAGGCAGCAACUGCAUUACUUGAUUUGCAGAAGUCUGGAGAAGUAGCUGCAACUUUCGAGAUGACUACAAAUGUUGAGACUGGGACAGCAUCUCAAACUACUGUCGACAUGAAGCUGUAUACAGCCAUGGAAGAGGAAAUAAUGAGACUUCAAAGUGAAAAUGCAGAACUAAAAAAAGCUUGCAAGGCAAAACAAUUUGAUAUUGACUUUUUUGAAAAUGAUGAUGAAAAAGUAAGAUAUUACACUGGCCUCCCAAAUUACCCAGUUCUGAAAUCAUUGUAUGAUUAUAUUGAGACUGAUAUUAUUCUUCAUCACAAGAGUGUUUUGGAUAAAUUUCAACAGUUGAUCCUUGUUCUUAUGAAACUGAGACUAAACCUUGCUAACCAGGAUUUGGCCGUCAGAUUUGGUGUUUCUGAUAGUACUGUUUCACGAAUAUUUAGAAACAUUUUGGGAGUAUUGUUUGUUCUUUUGUCACCUCUCAUUCAUUGGCCUGAGAGAGAGCAACUGAAAAAAACAAUGCCAAUGAGUUUUAGAGAGCAUUUUGGUACAAAAGUUGCCGUGAUUAUUGAUUGCUUUGAAAUACCUAUGGAAUGUCCAUCUAACCUCAAAGCAAGAAAUGAAACUUGGUCAUCUUAUAAACACAAUAACACAGCAAAAUAUUUGAUAGGUAUUACACCUCAGGGAGUGAUAUGUUUCAUCUCAGAUGGGCAUGGCGGCAGAGCGAGUGACAAAAUAAUUACAGAAACUUGUGGUUUGCUGAAUAAGCUUUUGCCAGGGGAUGUAAUUUUAGCAGAUAGAGGUUUUGACAUACAGGAUAGUGUAGGUAGCAUGUGUGCACGGUUAUACAUCCCAGCAUUUACCAGGGGUAAAUCGCAGCUCGGAGCUUUAGAUGUUGAACAAACGAGGAGGAUAGCCAACAGUAGAAUUCAUGUUGAGAGAGUGAUAGGAGUUGUUCGUCAGAAGUAUUCAAUAUUAUCAGCAAAUUGCCUCACGAUUUUUUUACACCAGUAAAGGGUGAUGACACACUUGUUAUUGACAAAAUUGUUAAGGUUUGUUGUGCAUUGACAAAUCUUUGUGAUUCUGUUGUACCAUUCAAUUGAAAUGGAUAAUUUAUCAUAUGGCAAGAAACUUUUAUCACAAAUGCAUAUUGCACAUUUAGAUUGCACAUUAAGAUUGCACUGACACAUAUAUAUGUAUAAAUAUAUUUAGUAAACAGACUGCUGCAUGACUUUUCUUUUACAAAGAUUGUAGAAAUACAAGCAUUAAAAACAUCUACUGUAAUAACAUGCUGGAGUUGUACUCUAAGUAAAACUUAUAAGGUGCUUUUUUUAUUCUCCUAUGGUUAUUCAAUUUUGAUUGCAUUUAACAGCACUUUGUAGAAUCACAUCUAUAAACAGAAAUAAAAGUGGGUAUUAUUUGAACCUUGUAUUGCUUUGUGAAUCAUGUCAGGCAUAAUAAUAAAGGUUUAUUGUGUUCUUUGCAAUAUAUAAGACAUAUGUGUAUGUAUAAAAGUAUAAAGAUGUAGAAUUAAAAUAGAGCUUUUAGAUAAAUUCUAAAUUAUAAAAACAAUAAUGAGGUUAAAAAUGGUGAUUCCUUGUUCUUUUCAAAAGCUAAAAGUUCAUGGAUAGACCUUGAUCAUUGACACAUACAUAAACAGUAUGGGAUAAAAGUGUUUCUAUAUCUCUUUGUCUGACAUUUUGGUAAAACAUAUCUUUAAACAUUCCUUAGGUCCUUUUCUAUGACACGAGUGUUAGAUAAAAGAUGGUUUAAUCUAUGUGUACACAGUUUUAUCUCAUUAAAUAAUUUUUUGCACAAGUCAGUACGCCGAGAUUUCAAGGUAGAUAAUUCAGUGAUGUCCAUUGCUUCGUUGUGAGUUUAGGGUAUAUAAUAUGAAGAGCUCUUUUUUGGAUGUUCUCCAAGGCUUUAGAUUGCUGUGCGGUAAUUCCAGCAUGCCAUAGCUGACAAGCGUACUCCAGUGUUGGUCUGAGAUUGCUUUUAUAAAUUUGUAAGAGGUCAUAUCUCGGCACCCCAGCGUGUUUGACCAUGCAUAAGAAAUACAGUCUGGAUGCAGCUUUUGAGAGAAUUUUUCUAUAUGUAAGUCCCAUUUCAUACAUAAAAUGAUAGACUACUGCCUGGCUGAGCCAUGUUUUUUACAAAAAAAGAAAUUCAUACAAAUGAUAAAACACCCAAAGUAAUAUUGACAACAUACUGCAGU